AUGGAGGCAAAGGAGGAUAAGCAGCAACAGCAUAAAAUAGAAGCUGCUGGCAUAGUGUAUAAAACUGAAAAAGAAGAACUCAAACAUGAAAAAGAGCCUGGAAAGAGCACACCACAUUCAAAACCAUGUGUCAGGAGACACCGUGUAUAUUAUGCUAAAUUCAUUAACACAAAUGCAAGAACAUUCAAUGAACCAGUUCCCUACAUAGAUCCUAAAAUAGGGACAGAAAACCAGGAUGACUGGUGGUCACAUGGGAAAGAACCUGAGCAUCACUUCCAACCACCUUAUGAUAUUAACAGCACCCAGAGGAGUGACUUUCAAAAACCAAUGUGUCCUUUGGUUUUGCCGGUCAGGCACAGCAAGCUGCAAAAGCCUUCCUGUGGAAUAGUUCCACUUGCCUCUCCCAAUGCAUCCACAGAACUUCAAAGGAAUUUUAUAGAACGUAUCUCCUUUAUACAUCAAUAUGAUUCCAGGAAAAUUCCCAGUGAGCCCAUGAGGUGUAAGCGGCAUGGAGUUUUUAUGCAGAUAGAGAUAAAACCAGGGAGGAGGCCAAGAGCUCCUCAGGGAACAGAGGCAUUACUGAACGCUCCAGGGUCAUGCUCAUCAGAACAGCCCAAAAAAACAGAGAAAGGAAACUCAGCAGAGAGCAAAAUGACCUCACCGGGUGUCGGCCAACAAACGUCCCCAGAGCUGUUAGAGACUAAAGCCCACUUAUCAGAAACAGACGUGAGGGAGGCGGCCACGGCCACGGCCGGCCCCACGAGUCCUGUGAGGGGGGAGUCUGCUGACGGCGCUCCAACGACUGCAGCGGAUGCUCUGAUCACCAGGCACAAUCCUUCAACUCCGCCAAUAAAAAGUCAGGAUAAAGUACUUUCUCCAGAUAAAGACAUAACCCUUGGAACGUAGAGAAAUUUCAGAAUCAUCAUAUAGGCUCUUGCAUUUGCCUUUUCUCUUACCAAUAACCUCAAAACACACAAUUUACAUAACUGAGAGAAUUUUUAAAAAGACAAUUACAAUAUACCAAAAUUCUAAGAGUGGUCUUAAGAAUUUUUAUUCUCUAGCCUUUUCUAUCAUUUCCACCCCCCUCCAUUCUCUCUCUCUGUUCCUUCUGGGACAGCUACUCGCUGAAUGAUGGAAUACUUGGAUUUAUCUUCUAUGCCUCUUUUACUUUCCUCUCAUUAUCCUUCUCAUGGUACUUUACCACGAAACGAUGCAAGAGCCCCUUGACACUCACUUUCUAUUAAUUUGCUUUUCAGCCUUGUCCAUUAUUAUGCUGGGCCACCUAUUGAAGUUUAUAAAAAUUUUAGUAUUAUAUUUAAAUAUUUAGUAUUAUAUAUGCAUGCUUUCUAAACACACAAGACUCUUCCUACAGUAUAGGUAGGACAGCCUCUCUCAUCCCUUUAGAAUAAUACUAUAGUCUUUAGUGCAAUGCCUCACUCUCUUGGUAUUGUACUUUUUCCUUACACGCUUGGUGCUUCUUGGUUGGAUACCCUGCUUUGAGGAUGAGAUUUCCAGAUCCUUAUCAGCAGAAGCUGUUUCUGUCCAUCACAGCCUGGCUUUGGGACAGGGCUGGGAUAUGCCGGCAGACAGGCUCUGAGGAGGAUCUGUCUGAGAGGCUCUCUGAUCCUUCUGGGGGUCAGGAGCUGCUCAGGCACUGCCUUGCUUUUCCAGACCCAGUGUCUGAUUUGAUCCAGACCACAGCUGCCCAUUGCUUAGCACCGCAGACCGGGGAAGGGGAAACUGAGGUGCUGCUCCACAUGCGGUUCCCCAAUUUCCCAAACUGAUCAGUGUCCCAGGGUCCCUUCUCCUUCCUGAUAUCCACCGACUCUCAG